AUGCCUGCCAAAGCACCAACGCCGCGCACCACGCGCAAUAGCCGUGGCUUGCGCCAAAGCCCCGGCGUUUCGUCAGCCGACUCGUGCCUGGGCGAUUCCGCCCGAGUUUCUCGCCGUCGCGGCAACCGUGGGACCCCCCCCACCACCAAUUUCGAGCUUGCCCUCGAGGCCGCCGCCGAUCCCGCGACUCCAACACCUGGUGCGCGGUUCGCCGAACCAAACCCCCACCCGGCCCAUACUCUUGCCCUUGAGGCGAUUCCGGAGGAGCAGUCACAACCAACGACUCCCACCCCAACGGCCCGGCCGCCAGUUUUCCCUCCGCCAAUCUCUCUCCCACCGACAACCCCAUACAUUCCCACCUCGCCGCCGAGAACAUCACCCCUCGAGCACCCGCGGGUCACCGCGAUCAGAAGCACACCCACAAGAACCCCGAGGAGGGCCGCCUCCCCAAGAACCCCCGUCCGGCGCACCCGGUACGUCACCAGAUAUAUCGACGUAACUCCGCUGCAACCCACCGCGCCCGCGCCGAAAAGCCCCGGCAGCGAAACCCGCCUUUUUAAGCAACGGCGUAACGAAGAAGGCGAGGAGAAAUUUGCGAGGGAGCUGUGGAUCGCAAUCCGGAACGACCGUUACAUGAAAGAGUGCUGGUGCGGCCCGCCUAACAUUUACAACUCGCGAGAGGAGGCAGAAGUCGCGACCGGCCACCUGCGCUUUUACAUCGUCGGCUCCGAGGAGAAAAACCUGCGCGUGCUCCAGAAGAAGGACGAUUCCAAUUGGCACUGCAUUUGUGGGAACAACAACUACCACGCAGUCUACAAAAACUUUCUCAAUUCCAACGGAAAACGCCCAGCAGAAGACACUGAGAUCGGCCUGAUCGCGCAAAUCCAAGACUCAAACAGCGAUAAGAGUGCUCGAAGCAUCGAACGAGUUGUACCUGCGCCGAUUGACUCGACCCGGCACGAGGAGGAGCACUCGCUGGUCCUCAAAACCGCCCAAGCAGAGGCCCAAACAUUCCCUCAGUCGAUGUGGGGCAAAGCCUGCGGCAUACUAAGCCGUACCGUCGCGACAAUGAGCAGCCCCAUCGCGGCCAUUUACGACACCCUCCAAAAACAUUUCUGCGGCGAUGCCUACGAGACCCUCGACACCCGCCGGAAAGACGCCGACAGUGAGGCCGUUGUUGUCAAAAGGCUGAAACAACAAGCUCCGGUUUUACCCACGGAACAAUCCCCUUCUGAGAAUGGAGACGAUGGGUUUGACGACCUUGUGUGGCCCGACCUCCCCACUGAUCACAUCGGUUCAGAAGAGAUCCAAGACAUCUUCUAUUUCAUCGGAAACCAAUUCCAAGAUGUCAAGACGGGCAAGCUUGUCUACGGCUCCUCAGUUGCGGAUAUAAAGAAGCAAGCUCCAGACACCACGGACUGCCGAGCCAGUAUCGCGAUUUUUAAGUACCAGGAACUCAGGCACGGACCGGUACUGCCCGGAGAACCCGCCAUCAAGAAAAAAGAGAAGUGGAUGGAAACGGUGCAAGCCUAUCACGACAGCUUGAAAGAGUGCCUCCGUCUCAUCCAGGAGAUCUACUGCGUCGGCGGCAUUCUUGAGGGCCUCAAGAAGAGAUAUACCGCGCCACCGCGCCGUCUGCCAUUGCGGGAUAUCCAUUACAGAAGAGAAGCAUUGCUCACGGCAAAGUUUUUGGGUUUCCUGCGGUCACUUGACAUCGUGCGGGACAUCUCCGAUAGCAGCUACGAGACCAUCAGCAAGAUGAUUGUAGAUGUUAAUGCCAUCCACAAGUCAGAAAUGCUGCCCAGCUUCGUUGCGCUGAGGCCCGAGGAUCCCAUCGAAAAUAUGCCGGGCUUCUUCCCAGAGGACAAGGUUUCGGCCAUGGAGGAGAUUCCCGCCGACGAAUUCGAGUGCGAAGUCCUGUACGAACGCAGAUUCCCGGACCCAGAGCCAUCCGGCGAGGAAGUGCCGAGCAGACCUGGCGACUACAAAAUGGUGCUAGAGCCUAAGGGGAUCCUUAAGCCGUCGAAGGUGAGGGAUGCCCCGGCCUCGCCGAAGUACGUCGCAACCCCCGAGAAGCACAGGAAGCUCUCCUUCAUCAACCCGGUUUCCUUGUUUAUCCCUCCCGCACACAUUCCAACCAAGGUUAUGGCACCACACGAGGCGGAUCGUUUUUUGAAGGCGAAGUUGGAGGCAGAAGUCCUUCGCGAUGAGCACUCAACCCGCGUAUUCGACGCUCUCAAGACAGUCUCUCGGCCGCAAAAUGACGGGCCAAUCCGCCCCAAAGACAAGUGGAGUCUGGAGGAGCUUGAGAAGGACGACCAAGAGAUGGGGCUGACUUACUACGCUCACAAGUACGAUGGUUUCUUGAAUGACCUCCGUGAUGAUUUGGAGAAGCGGGUAGAGGCAGACGAGGAAGAACGCACGAAGCGGACGGUCAGGCUCGCUCCACAGCGACACAUGGUACAGAUUUCGCUUCCGCCUUUACCAUCCACUCCCGCAAGGCGUCGACAGGCGGCCCAUCUUCUUGAGAAUGAUACCGGUAGCCCGGCAGGUUCCAGUCCCGGAACCAACCCUCUGCGCACUAAAACGGAGGUGUCCCAACCCAAGCCUGCCGAACAGAAACGUCCCCUUACCUUGGAUGAGUUCUUUGCAGAAGAUGAUGAUGAUUUGGCAAUCUCCGUCGCAAAAUUCGAGCAGCUCCAGAUUGAUCGGCAAAUCCGAGAUGAAUUUGAGAUUGGGAUCCGUCGAGACGCCGAAGAGAAGCGGAAGCGUGAGGAAGAGGAGGCCCGUCGCCAGGAACAGCGCCGACUCGAAGAAGAGCGUCGACGGCAAGAAGAGGAGCGUCGCCGUGAGCAAGAAGCCCAGAGACAGAGGGAGGCCGAGGAAUUUGCUGCGCUCACCGGCUUGAGGCAACCCACUCGUUCUCUCAUUGUACCCUUGUCCGACGACUGGAACUGCAAAGUCGUCAACGCCGCGAGAGCGCAUCCAACUGCCGAGCUCGUCAAAACCCUCGAGGGCCAGCCGCUUACCAGGCGCGACUUUGAAGAGAAGCUUCUUCCGCCGACCGCGUGGCUAAACGACAACGUUAUCAUCGGCUCAAUCCUGCACGUCGCGGACUAUAUCAACAAAACGAACGGCACGACAGAUCAAGAACCCAAGUGUGCCGCCUUCACAUCUUAUUUUUGGCCGCGCGUCCUCUCCCAUGGCCCAAGUGCCUGCGGCCGCCUCUUGCGGAGGGCCGGUGUUCGCAAAGCGAACUUCCUUGACAUUGACACGGUUCUAAUCCCCAUCUGCGCGCACUCCCACUGGACCCUGGCUGUGAUCCGUCCCGGCAAACGGACCGUCGCGCACAUCGACUCGAUGCGUGGGGGUAGCGGCCACAGUGAUGUCAAGGCCAAGCUGCUCGAGCUAGUGGCCUUUAUCCUCGAGGACCAGUUCGUCGAGGCCGACUGGCGCGCCAUCGACUACGAAGCCCCGCUUCAAACCAACGGGUGGGACUGUGGUGUUUUUACCAUUACGAACGCCAUGUGCAUGGCCAUGGGCCUGAACCCGAAAUUUUCGUACACCGAGAGCGAACUGACGCUGCAGCGGAGGCGGCUGGCCGCGAUGCUGCUCAACGAAGGGUUCAAAGGCGAGUUCAGUCUCGAUGGGUUCUGA